AUGUCAGAAGUAAACGAAUGCGAAUGUGAAGAAUUCUUGAACAUUGUUAAGUUGUCUUUGGAGGAAGAUAAAAGUCAUGUUCAUGUUCUUGUGAUCAUCGGAGCUUCUGGUGAUUUGGCAAAGAAAAAGACUUAUCCAACUUUAUGGUGGUUGUUCCGUGAUGGUCUGCUGCCUCCUCGAACUUACUUCGUUGGGUUCGCACGAUCUGAUAUUGGUAUUGAGGACAUAAGAGCGGGAAGUGAAAAAUUUGCCAAGCUCUCAUCACAUCCAUGUCAAAAAUAUGAAGAAUUUUGGAACUGUAAUUUUUACAUGAGAGGAGAUUACACGAAUCCCAAGACAUUUGAAUUAUUAAAUGAGUUUAUAGAAUCUAAAUGGGGACAAGCUGUUAAUCGCAUAUUUUAUUAUGCUAUACCACCAUCAGUUUAUAAACCUGUUUCGUCAUCUAUCAAAGAAUAUUGUACUAACAAAAACCCUGAUACAUGGACUCGAUUGAUCAUUGAAAAACCGUUUGGACGAGAUUUAGAGUCAUUCAAUGAAUUGAAUUGUGAAUUAACUAAACUGUUUACAGAAGAACAGAUUUAUCGAAUCGACCAUUAUUUGGGCAAAGAGAUGGUUCAAAAUCUAUUAAUUUUACGAUUCUGUAAUCAGGUCUUCAGUCCACUGUGGAAUCGUGAAAAUAUUGAUAAUAUUACAAUAUCAUUUAAAGAACCAUUCGGAACCGAAGGACGUGGUGGAUAUUUUGAUCAAUUUGGUAUUAUUCGCGAUGUCGUUCAAAAUCACCUUAUUCAGAUUCUUUCAUUGGUAGCAAUGGAAAAACCUAUUUCAGUUAAUGCAGAUGAUAUACGUGAUGAGAAGGUUCGUGUGCUACGAAGCAUUGAACCUUUAACAAUAGACGACAUUGUAAUUGGACAAUACAUUGCAGAUCCAAAUGCAACAAGUCCACCUGCUUCGUUAUCUUACACAGAUGAUCCGUCAGUUCCUAAAGAUUCCAUAACACCUACUUAUGUAUGCGCUGUGUUAUAUGUGAAAAGUGACCGUUGGAAGGGUGUUCCAUUUAUUCUCCGGGCAGGGAAAGCACUAAAUGAACGUAAAGCAGAAGUCAGAGUUCAAUUUAAAGAACCUCAUAUUCAUCUUUUCGGUUCAAAAGAAGGUCUACCACGUAAUGAAUUAGUUAUACGUGUACAACCGGACGAAGCAGUUUAUAUUAAAUUGAAUGUGAAAUCUCCUGGUAUGAAAUUUCAAACAGAAGAAACUGAAUUAGACUUAACUUAUGCUCACCGAUAUAAAGCCAUAAAACUACCUGACGCUUAUGAACGAUUGAUUCUCGAUGUAUUUUGUGGAGUUCAGACAAAUUUUGUGCGUUCAGAUGAACUACGCGAAGCUUGGCGUAUUUUAACACCAGUAUUAAAAUACUUGGAAGACAAUAAAGUCAAACCAUAUCCAUACAUUUAUGGGAGUCGUAAUGGACCGAAAGAAUCAGAUAUUUUGUGUAAAAAAGCAGGUUUUCAAUACUCUGGUACAUAUGUUUGGAAAUCAGGUUAA